AGUAUAGACUUCCUGUUUCAUCCACCAGCGUCUCCCUGCCCUUCUCCCGCUCUUCCAGGAGCGAUCCUGGACCCAGCCCUGAACCUGGAAAGGGGCAGGAGCAGGUGGCUGACAACAUCAAGGAUGUUCACCAUGACCAGAGACUUAGAAGAGGCUCUUCUCCAGCACUUCAUAUGUCAGAAGCUGGAGAUUUCCUAUGCCAUAUACAAGCCAUUUCCCUUCUUCGAAGCCCUCCGAGACAGCUCCUUCAUCACCGAGAGAAUGUACAGGGAAUCCCUGGAAGCCUGUAGCAAUCUGGUUCCUGUAUCCAGAGUGGCGUACAACAUCCUCACCAAACUGGAGACGACGUUUAACCUGUCACUUCUGCAGAUGUUGUUCAGCCAAAUUAACCUGCGUGAAUAUCCCAACCUGAUGAAGAUUCUCAAGAGCUUCACAAGAGUUGUUACCUCCUACGGAGGAUGGAGCAGAACCACGCCGAUCCUCACCGAAGUCCCAGCCAACCCAGCAGAAGGGAGCUCCCGCCAGGCCCUGCUGCUGCUGCCUCCACCCCAACGCCCCCCACCGAGCCGCCCACCCAGUGCACCCAGAGUCGGUGAGCCCAGAGCAUCCACGCAGCACAGCGCUGAGAUCCUGGGUGAGCCGCCCAGCUCUUCUGGCCCUGCCGUGUCUCCCCCCAGAGUCAUCCAAGAAGGAAGGAUCACUCCAGAAGACUCACAAGAGAGGCCCGGCACUCCGCCUGCCACUGUUAAAGUGUCCAGUGACAACCUGACCCCCCAAAUAGAAGAUAAAGAAGACACUCAAGAGAUGCCCCGUGCUCCCUCAGGCCCAGUGCCAGUGAUAAGAGAUGAUUCUCCUGAACCAACUGACCCAAAAGAGCCCCAGAAGGCAUCCAGCACACCCCCCACAAAGAAAGGAAAGAAAAGAAAAAGAGAUAUCUGGUCAACUCCAAAAAAGAGGCAGAAAAAAAGCCUCCCAAGAGGGGCAGCCUCACCUCGGCAUGGAAUCCAAAAGAAGCUCCAAGUGGUGGAUCAGGCAACUCAAAGGAAGGACGGGAACUUGAAGGUCGUGACAAGGCUUCAAAAGGCGAGGACUGGAUGUGCCCAAACUUUUGGACCAGAGGAGGUCAGUGAUGACACUUCAGAAAGGAAAGAAGGAAGGAGACCCCAGGAGCCGCCUAGCACACCACCAGGAAUCAUGCACGAUCCCACGGAUAGUGGAACUCAAUUGUCUUUGGGAAAAUCUCCCGGAGAAAAGCAAAAGAAGAGAAAAAAAUAUAACUGGUCAAGUCCAAAAAAAAGACAGAAGAAAAGGCUCCCAAGAGGGGCAGCCUCACCUGGGCACGGAAUCCAAGAGAAGCUCCAAGUGGUGGAUCAGGCAACUCGAAGGAAGGACGACUCAACCAGAAACUCAAAGGUCAUGCCAAGGGUCCAAAAGGCGAGGACUAGAUGUGCCCAAACGUCUGGACGAGAGGAGAUCAGUGGUGACGCUUCAGAAAUGAAAGAAGAUCCCAUGGAUAAUGAAAGUAAACUUUCUUUGGAAAAAUCUUCUGGGGAAAAACAAAAGAAGAGGAAAAAAUGUAACUGGUCAAGUUCAAAAAAAACACAGAAGAAAAGCCUCCCAAGAGAAAAACCCAAAGAUGAAACUGUGGAUUUUCAGUCUUCUAAACUUCCUGUGACCUGUGGUGAGGCAAAAGGGAUUUUAUACAAGGAGAAACUGAAACAAGGAGCCUCAGAGAAGUGCAUUCAGAAUGAGGAGGGAGUUUGGUUCACGCCAAAAGAAUUUGAAAAUGAAGGACAACGGGCACAUUCAAAGAACUGGAAGAGGAGUGUGCAUUGCAGAGGAAUGACUCUAGAACAGCUGCUGAAGAAAAGACUUUUGCAUUGUCCUCCAAGAAAAAGUCUCAAGAGAGAGCGGGAAAACUCCAAGGAAUGUGAGGUGUGCUGUAGAGGGGGACCACUGCUCUGCUGUGACACUUGUCCGAGAGCCUUUCAUGAGGACUGUCACAUCCCGCCUGCGGAGGCUGAGAGGAGCCUGUGGAGUUGCACCUUCUGCAGGAUGAAGGAGUCUUCAGGAAACCAGCAGUGUCACAGGGAACCUGAGGUCCUGGAGGGGCAGAUGCAGCCUGAGGAGCAGUUGAAAUGUGAGUUCCUCCUCUUGAAGGCCUACUGUCAUCCACAAAGCUCCUUUUUUGCAGAGACUCCACAUAACAUUCGAGCUUAUGGUGAGCCCUUUAAGGAAGCCAUGUGGUUGGACCUGGUUAAGGAAAGGCUGACUGAGAAAGUGUACACAGCGGCGUGGUUUGUACGGGACAUGCGCCUGAUCUUUCGCAACCAUAAAACAUUUUACAAGGCUUCCAACUUUGGUCAGGUAGGACUGGAUUUAGAGGCAGAAUUUGAAAAGGAUCUCAAAGAGGUGCUUAUUUUUCGUGAAGCCGAUGAGAAUGGUUUCCAGGCUUCUCCUUGACCCUGUUCUGGAAGGACUGAGGAUCCGCGACUUCAGGAUCCAGGUGAUGUGACCUGGCCAUCCUUAGGCUGCCAAUGAGUCAGGGGUGUUAUUGGCUGCCCUCUUGACUCCAACCCAGGCCCUUCACAGCAUCAGCACAGCUUCUACCUCCUUUUAUUGUUUCUUUUUACAUCUAAAAAAUUAUAUCUCACGUCUAAAAAAAAACUGAAUACUUCCUUCAUACCAUUGACUAUCCCAUCGUAGUUCACAUUCCCCCCAUUUCUCAUAAAUCUUUCUUUUUGGGGGGGUGGAUUGUGGAUAAUUUUAUUUUCUGCUUAUGAUGUUUUACAUUUAAAAAUUCCUACGAAAUAUGUAUAUAUUGAAAAGCAAAAAAGUAAUACUAAAAAUAUAUAUGAAACAUUGCAAGUGCAAAUAGAAAUAACAUUUAGAACAUUCAUAUUCUUGACUUCAUAAAUCUUUUUACAGUUGAUUUGUUUGAAUCGGGAUCAAAACAAGUCCAACACACUGCAUUUGGCUAAUCUGUGUCUUAAAUCUCUUUUAAUCUAUAUAAGUUUCCCCCCACUCCUGCAUUUUUUUCCUUGCUGUCUAUUCAUUGGAGAACCUGGGGCCUUUGUCCUAUGAAAGUUUUCAUAUUCUGGACUUUUCUGCAUCCCCUUAGUGCCAUGUUUCUCGCUCUGGCAUUUUUUGUAAAGAUCCAGUUUUAUGGGGGCGGGGGUUGUUUUGGCUUGGUUUUUUGGCAAACAGAUUUCCCAGAUGGGGCUGUACAUUUCUUUGUGAUGUUAAGAUCAGCCAGCAGGUUCAGGUGUUAUCAGCCUGACCCAUCUAGUAUACAUCAUCCUUCCACCUAAUGAUCUUAGCAGCCAUUGCUGCUCAUUGCCUAAAUCCCUUAUUUUAUUAGGGGUUACAAAAUGAUAUUCAGAUUCUUUUAUGCCUUCUAUACUUAUUAGUCAGAAUUCUUCUGCAAAGAGCUUCCCUUCAACAAUAUUUGGUUAUCUUGAAAUACAAUUUGUACAGGAAAGGCAAGAUAAAUGCUGGAUUCUUUAUUUAACAGUGUUCAAAUGAGUUGGUUCCCUAAUAGCCUCUGAAAGUGACCAGGGAGGUUUUAUUUAUUUUUUUCUCUAAAAUAUCUUGAACUCAUGGAUUUAAAUAUAUUUAAUAUGCUUCACACCAUUGUAGUUAAUAUCUUUAUUGCUGCUCAAAUUGCCCAUCUUCAGUGAGUGAGCAUCUCUUGAAGUUUGCUCCUGAAUUGUUUUGAAAUGACCCCAGUCCUCUUUGGUGGUGUUUUAGCUAUUUAUUGCUGUGUAACAAAUGACCCCAAUAUUUAGUGGCUUAAAAGAAUGGCCAUUUUAUUGCUCACUAUUCUGUGGGUCAGGAAUUCAGGCAGUGCUCCGUGAGAGCACCUUUUCUUUGCUCUGCACGGUAUUAACUAAGCCCAUUCGUGCUGGUACCAUGUCAUUUCUGCCACACCACUAUCGAUCCAAGGAUCAGAUUCAAAAGGAGGGAAAAUAGACUGUACCUCUUGAUGGGAUGAGUGGCAAAGUGUUAUUUCAAAGGACAAUGUUGCUCGGGAAGAAAUGUUGCCACCGUCUUCAGAAAUACCCUACCGUAGUCCACCCUCUGGCCACAACAAUUCACGUCCUUGGCACAUGCAAAGGACACUCACCCCCUACCCAAGAAGCCUCACUCAUUGCAGCAUUGGAGCAAAGCCCAGGACCUCAUAGUCUAAAUCAGGUUCAGAUCAAUAAGGUUCCUUGGGUGUGGUUCCUUGGGUGCAGCUUCUCAGGUGCAUCUGCUCUAGAACCAGAGGUUUGUGAGCUGAAAGACAAGUUAUGUUUCCCCCAUUCUCAACAUUCAGUGAUGGCACAGGGACUAAGUAACCACUGUAGACACUUGCACUCAAACAGGGGGAAAUGGGAAGCACAUAGCAGUCGUGGUCCACAGCAACUCUGAAAUCCAGCCAGGCGCAUGUUACCAAUUCCCCCAAUCCCAGAACAAAGCACGUUCUUUGAUAAAGGUGAUGUACAUAUGAUUUAUAAAUAUUAUAUACCUUUAAUUCCCAUCCAACUCCACAGCCUUCUUCCUUGUCUUCCUCCGGUCAAUAUUUGUGUCUCUUUUCUCUCACAGUAUAUUUACUCAUUUGCUUAACUUUAAACUACAACAAAAUUGUUUCAGAAUUUCUAUACUCAUACCACUUUGUAAUAUAUAAUAAAUUGAAUUCUAAAUUUGUGUGCAA